CGGCGAUCUUGGCCGGCGGCUUUUAUGGCGGAACCCUUUCUCCGCUGGGCUCUUUAACCGGAGAUCUAGAUUACCUUCACAUAGGUAUUCAUCUUCUAAUUCCUGGAGGGGGCAGACGCAUUCGACGAAAUCGAAGAACCCUUUCUUCACUGGGCUCAAGUUACCUGAGUAUGACCAGAGAUUUAGAUUUCGUUUGCAUAAGUAUUCAUCUUCUAGCUCCUGGAGGGGGUUGAAAGAAUCGAAUUAAGAUCGGGGAUGGUCAGAUUGUAGAGCUAGUAACCUUCGUUCUAAUUGGCAGUCAAAUCGAGAAGGUGUAUCUCUGCGCCCGUCUCUUACUCGACUAGAAAGUCGUAACACCAGCUCCAGCUUUAGACUUCAAGAAAAGGUAUUCAAUCUCUUCCACUCUGGCUACAAUCUGUACUUCUGCAUCACUGAGACAGGAAGAAGAACUUUUCAGAUUUGGUUGAAUUUUGAGGCUUUUAACUGGAUUUUGGACUCCCUCUCUAGGCUCUUACGAAAUAAUAGUUGGGUUCUUUCAAGGUUUGAGACAAAUCGUAAGCUUUCACUUUCUUUUGGCUCCAACAAAUGGGGGGACUAUAUCAGGAUUAUUGAGCAUAGAUUCGAAGGUAUUUCCUCUAUUUUCUUCCCUAUUGAAAGGAGGGAUGGCAUUUCACAUUUGUUCAACUACCUAUCCUCUUUUUUUUCUAAGAUAAAGGGUAAGAAUAAGGUGGAUGAACCCAUCUUGGCAGCAAAAAAUGGGAAAACAUUGAAUUCCCCAUUUCCAGUAGGGGUUUCGGGGUUGUCUGAGUCAGUAGCAGGUUCUUCCAUUCAUUCGGAACAAGACGUAAAUGCUAUGGUUCUUUCUCCCAGGCCUUUUGUAUCUUCGAAUUCACAUCCAACAACCUGCUCUAUUAACACCCCAGUGACUAAGUUUGCAUUUCCUGGUGGCUCUAGUUCAUUUAUUUGGUUUCAUUUGUUUCUGCAUUUUUGUUCCCUUAAUUUCUUGAAACCUAAGGCCAGUUUACAUGUUGAGAAUAAUUCCUUGGGUAUGUCUCCUAUUGCAAGAGAGGACCCUUCGGAUUCUAUUCCGUUAGAUAACACACCUAGCCCCUGUCCACAGCUGCAACCUUCUUUGGAAUCAGGAUCCUUAAACACUCUAGCUGCUGUACCCAGUUUUGAACCUUUACAGGUUGUUUUCCCAGAAGAGGAGGAUCAAAGACAAACAGACUCUAGAGCAUGCCUAUCAGAUUCAGAGCUUUUUAGUAAGGAGGACAGCCCGGACUUUCAAUUGUUCUUUAGAGACAGUGCAGAUUUUGACCCGGACCCGGAACCAUGGAGAGAAUGGUACCCGGAUGAUGGUAUCGAGCGUGAUGACCACCUACAGCGGUGGGGAGGUCCAAAGGGACUUACUGCUGCACUCAUUCGUAAUAAUGAUCAGGGGCGGAUCAUUUUCGAGAGGGGAUGUGCUAGAGGCUCUAGCCCCCUAGCUCCUAGAAGGAGUCUUAGGCUUGCAAGGCGACGUCGUCUUCCUUCUCCAAGUCGAUCAGAGAUUUCUUUGGAAUCGGAAGACCAAUGGAGGUUUUGAGCUUCUGAUUUUUGUGUUAAGGGGAGCUAUCUUGCUUUUAUCUCUUUGUUGGCAUCUUCAUUGGUGGUAGUCCUAUUGUUUUAUCUAUCUUUGAGCAGGUAUAUGUGCUUGGGACAGCAGAACAUGGUAUUGCACACUCCGGAUUACUCAUUCAAAAAUCUGUUCCGUGUUGGAAGUUGCAACUUGUUUGUGAAGUAUUUGGACCUUCUAUCCAAGCAAACCAAGAUGUCUUACUGUGCCCACUUUGAAGCUGGAAUGGCUGUGGCAUCUCUGUCAUUUUGUUCCUUGGAUUCUUUUUCUUGGCUUUUUAUUUUAGCUUCUUUAUGUGUAUCUCCUCUUGGAUUGGCUUUUCUUGCUUUGGCUUUCCUUGUUGGGGACCGAGCCACCCCUCUUUCCUUUUUAUUUUAUUAUAAUAAAAUUUUCUUUAAAUA